ACGCCUCUGUUUCCCCGAUGUCACUGCUCUUGAACCCACCACCCUCCUCCUGAAACUUCAUGGUAGGAAACCAAGCUGGGCAGCAAACUAGGGUCUGUGACUGCUCGGGGUUUCACUCCGAAAUUAUCUGAAGACGAAAACCUAGAAACUGCGGAGGCCAGAUGCAUAGAUCCAAAGUUACUGUUGCUGCAGACCAUGGAUGAGAAAUCACAAGGAAUGCAAGGGCCACCUGUUCCCCAGUUCCAACCACAGAAGGCCUUACGACCAGAUAUGGGCUAUAAUACAUUAGCCAACUUUCGAAUAGAGAAGAAAAUUGGUCGUGGACAAUUUAGUGAAGUUUACAGAGCAUCCUGUCUCUUGGAUGGAGUACCAGUAGCUUUAAAGAAAGUGCAGAUAUUUGAUUUAAUGGAUGCCAAAGCACGUGCUGAUUGCAUCAAGGAAAUAGAUCUGCUUAAGCAACUCAACCAUCCAAAUGUAAUUAAAUAUUACGCAUCAUUCAUUGAAGAUAAUGAACUCAACAUAGUUUUGGAAUUAGCAGAUGCUGGUGAUCUCUCCAGAAUGAUAAAGCACUUUAAGAAACAGAAGAGGCUGAUUCCUGAGAGAACUGUCUGGAAAUACUUUGUGCAGCUGUGCAGUGCACUGGAACACAUGCAUUCUCGGAGAGUCAUGCACAGAGACAUAAAACCAGCUAACGUGUUCAUCACAGCCACUGGGGUGGUGAAGCUGGGAGAUCUCGGGCUCGGUCGGUUUUUCAGCUCCAAAACCACAGCUGCGCAUUCUUUAGUGGGUACCCCUUAUUACAUGUCUCCAGAGAGAAUACAUGAAAAUGGAUACAACUUCAAGUCUGACAUCUGGUCUCUUGGCUGCCUUCUGUAUGAGAUGGCUGCACUACAGAGUCCUUUCUAUGGUGACAAGAUGAAUUUAUACUCACUGUGUAAGAAGAUAGAGCAGUGCGACUACCCGCCUCUGCCUUCAGAUCACUACUCAGAGGAACUCCGACAGUUAGUUAACAUAUGCAUCAACCCGGACCCGGAGAAGCGGCCAGACGUCACCUACGUGUAUGACGUGGCCAAGAGGAUGCACGCGUGCACCGCGAGCAGCUGAGCGUGUGGCUCAUGAGGAACGUAACCAAGACAACUUCAAGUAUUUGUGCAAAUCAUACCUCCCCGUGUUUGUCUGCGUGUCAAGAUUCAUCCUUCAGAGUUAACGUGCUUCGAAUCCUUAACCAGUUUUCAGAUAAGCUUCAUUUUGUACCAAUCUGUAUCACCUUCUGGUAAACCCCAAAAUGGCUUCUGGAUGAUCAGAUUGCAUGGUAGAAAGUUAAGAGAAAGAAGAUAGUGUUUUGUGCCUAAAAGUUUUUUAGCAUUACUUGCCUUUUUCUGGUGGUAAAUUGUGUGGAGAUAGACCAUCAGUGCCAAAUAGGGAAGGUGCAUUUUGGCCUUGCCCGGAGAGAUUGGAAAGCUGAGGAAAAGGGUCUGAAUGCCUGACUCCAUUGCUUUGUAGUUGCUCAUGGACAUUGAGAUAAACUUAAUUAUGAGCAUGUGUGAAUCUUCUUCUGAGUUCGAAGUAUGUGUUUUUAGGGCUUAGCACUUAGCUUUUAAAUAUACUUCUUUUGCUAAAUAUAAACAAACUAUUUGAGAACCAUUAAAAAUUUUUAGUUUAUACAUUCAAAGUGCAACUAUUAAAUGUGAAAAAAUUUGGGGGUAAAAUGUGAGUCAGACACUGAAGAGUCCUUUAAUCACUUCAGUCUUAGCAUUUAAAUGGUACAAAUGAAUCCGUUUAAAAAGUGGUUAAGGAUCCAUUUGGCUGGUGUGAUAGUAAUUUUUAAGUUACACAUUGCCUAAGGCCUUUUCUGUGUGUUUUUAUUACGUUUGUACAUUUGAAAAAUAGUCUUUAAAUAAUCUUGCAGUACUAUAUUUCAAUUUCUCUAUGAGUCUAAAUGCAUUUUAAGUCAUACUUGUAUACAAUAAUGUAAGCAUAUGUUUUUAUUCAUAGAUUUUAUUGAAAUUCUGAUUCCUCUCCAUAGAAAGUUUUUAUAUUCUUCAGUUACUUUCUUAUUUAUAUUAUGUGUGCAUUUUAGCCAUUUAUGUUUCAGAUUUUCUGAGAACAUAAUGCCCAUCGAAAUUGAAAAUAUUUUUUAAACUUUUUAAAAUUUGGGUCACCCUGUAUGUCUGUAUUUUUGUCUUGUCCGAGAGGAAGCAAGGAUGUGUGUUCCCAUGUGCCUGUGAAUGUGGAUAGUCAUCAACAGUGAUUUUAGAAAAAGACACAGAGACUGGCCAUUACUAAUGGUAGCCAGCACUGUAAUGAGAAGAAGGCUUUUUGGCAAAGCUUUGAGUGAAGUACUGUGUUUGCGCCUGAAGACGAUGGGGAGGAGGAUGUUUAAUUUAGUUUAAGGAAACAGGCUGAGUAUAGUAAAUGCUGGAGCUGGGUUUUUCUGAGUGCCUUCAUGCCAUAGCCACCAGUCCCUCAGAGCUGUGAAACCCCAGGCCCGUGGCCGUCCCCGCGAAGGUCUGUGUGUGUCGCCAGCCCACCACAUCCUGGGCCAGGGCACCCUGCCAGCGGGGGGCCUGGUCUUCACAGAGCUCAUAUCAGCCGCCAUUACUGCAAGUGUUGUUUGUCCACGUAGUUUUGCAUUUCCGCUUGCUCUAAUGUGUAAACUUUAAGAAUGUAUAAAUGGCAAAAGGUAUAAAACCUUCUGUGUUUCACAGUUUUCCUGGUUCUAUAUGGAUAUCUGAAGGGUAAUUUUAUCUUGGACUAGGCAAAGGAAACCUGGCUGGUGUCUUUUAUGGAGCUGUUUACCCUAUUCUCAUGACUCGGAACCUUCUUACUGAGCGCCAGUAGAUUAUACCCGGAAGGAAGAACCAAUAGAAUUGUUUCAUGUUGACCAUAAUUGUCGUCAUUUUAAUAUAAUUGAGAGGAAAUGUCCCUUUUCUUUGUCUUGAAGAAUACAUGGAUGUAAAACUUAUUAGCUUCACCCUUCACAGAGACUUCUCAGUGGAGAUUUAAGCUAUGCUUCCCUUUUCUAUGAAGCUAGGUUCUACAAAGAAAUAGCCAGGGAAAAUUUAAUUGUCAGGGAAAUGUAUUACUAUUUUCUUCAAGUGGAAAUUUUUUGUUUCAGUUACUGUAUCUCCUUUUUAAUCAGAAUGUUCAUAUUUUCCCAAAGAAGCUAUGGUGUAAAACCAAAUUUAAUUUACAAUGGGAUCAUUUCAAAGAAUUAUGGAUGUGAUUAGCAGCUCUAGUCAUUGUAAUCACUGAUAAGACACUCUUUGUGUUUCUAAGUAAAUUUUACACUAAGUCAAACAUUUGAGCUGAUUGGAGAAGCAGUAGAUGGAAAGGUCAUCCUAUUCCAAACCUGGGUUAGACAUUGGUACCCAAAGACUUGGGGAGGUGUGAGGGACCGAGUCCUUUUCAUGGAGGUUGAGGAGUGGUGAGUGUAGGGUGUGUCCCAGUAUAAAUAAAGGGCUCAGAAGUGUGCAAUGAUUAUAAAUGUAGUAGGUACUAAAGCCACUCCCUGCAUGCUCCACCAUUCUGCAUAGGAGCUAUCACAUAACACCUUUCCUAUAGCCAUGUACUUCUGGUGUUGCUGUUGACACUUACUAUGAUAUUUAUUUAAACCAAAAUGUUGUCACCACAUUAAAUGUUUAUUCUUUAAAAUGAAUGUAUUGUUUAUAACCCACAAGCGCAUAAUUACUCUGUGCCUCAUAUUUCAAUAGUACUGUAAUACAAACUUCUUUUGUGAAAAACUUUUAUUUUGUUAAUGCUUUAAAUACACAUACAAAAAGAUUCUGUUGUUAGUUUUGAAACUGUACAAUAUCCUAAUAUAAAUUUAUAAAAAUAAAAGAUGCAUACUCUAGAA